ACCUUCGUCGUGCCCUUUUUCGUUUCAUUUCUUCAUUUCUUUUCCCAGUAGGCAUUGUUAUGACGAGAUGAUCUUUUAUGUACGAGUAUGAUACAGCGCUUAUCUCUGCUUGUUUCCCGAGGGUAUCAUAACUGAAGGGGAAUAAAGAAGAUAAUUGCGAGUGACGACGCGCUGCUAAGUUACCGAUACGGUGAUUUGGUUUCUUUCUUUUUUUUGCUGAAACUUUGAUCUUUCGAAACGAGCGGGCGGGCGAGCGCGAAGCCUCUCCCUCUUUUUCCAUCCCAUUUUAUUUUUUUCACUUUUGGGCGGUUAGGUUCCGUUCUGUGCUGUGUUGUGCUUGCUCGGGUACUGUACGAGUACGAGUGCCAGUACAGCAGCUUGGUGGAGGUUAGAUUUGCGGGCGGCCUCGCAGGAAUACCAGUACUUACAUUUCACUGCGGUACCCUACCGAGCGAGCGAACCGACGGACUGGAACAAGCUUUUGGAGGCUGCUAUCGUACAAAUUCGAUACGGCGUGCUCGAGUAAACUGCAUUUCUACCCUACGCUAACCCCCCAACCCACAGUCGGUUAUCGUACUGGUACGGUAUUCGCCUUUCCACUUGCUUGGCCUUGGACAGGCGGACGGACAGACGACGGGAAAAGCUCAGCUCGCGCCCACCCGCCAAUCGAAAAAAGGAAGGAAAAAGGAAGAGGGAAAAUUCUCCAAGAGCGUUUUAGUUCGGUACAUCCUUGUUUGUUGAAAGAGAGGGGGGGAUUCCUGUAGCCGGCUCUCGAAACGAUCCAGAACUACGGCGCUUUCACCGAGCGGAGGGGACGAGAAGGGGCGGCCACGAAACGGACGGGGUGGAGACGUGGAGACGGACAAACAACGCUGGCGAGGACAAGAGGGACGGGAUAAUUGAGAAAAAGAGUUGGGAGAGUAAGAGUGGGAGGGUAGACGCCUCAGGAGAGGAAGGACAUCAUGAGUUCAACCAUAGCUUCGGCAACCGCGAGUGCGCUCGUGAGUUCUACUUCGGCAGCGAGCGGGGGUCAUGGUCUUGGUGGUGCCGAGGGUCGGCCUCCAGUGUAACUUUCCCCUUCUCUCCCCCAUUAUCGUUGUUCCUCCGGUUCUCUCGCUAAUUUGGUAAAUGAUAAAAAAAUAGAUACAAAGCCAUCGGUGUAGCUCUCGCCGUCUCCUCGGGGGUCUUUAUUGGUGUUUCGUUCGUGCUCAAAAAGAAGGGCUUACUGGCGGCGAAUCUGAAGGACGGAAAGGAGGCUGGUGAGGGGUAUGGAUACUUGAAGAAUGCUUGGUGGUGGUCGGGGAUGAUAUUGAGUUUGUUUUGCCCUUCUCCCCCCUCCCCUCUCUCUACUUGGAGGGCGGGCGGUUUGGCGGAGACGGUACUCUUGGGCUGAUUGGUGCUCUUUUGGGGUAGUGAUUCUGGGGGAGGUUUGCAAUUUUUGCGCAUAUGCUUUCGUUGAGGCAAUUCUGGUUACACCCCUUGGCGCUCUGGUGAGUUUGCUCUUUCCCGGGUGGAUUUACUAUGGGUUGGAGACUAAUUGUAGUUGGGAAUAGUCUGUCGUUAUUACUGCCAUUCUGUCUUCCAUCUUCCUCGGUGAACGGUUGUCCUUUGUUGGAAAGAUCGGAUGCUUUAUGUGCAUAGUCGGGUCUAUAGUCAUUGUCAUUAAUGCCCCGGAACAAUCAUCUGUCAACUCUAUUCAGGAUAUGAAACAUUUUAUUAUAUCGCCUGGCUUCUUAUCCUAUGCCGGGAUCGUCAUACUCGGAUGUGUUGGGGUGGUGAUAUGGGUUGCACCAAAGUAUGGGAAUAAGAGUAUGAUGGUGUAUAUCAGUAUUUGCAGUUUAAUUGGAGGGUUGAGGUUUGUCCGCCGGUUGUGGGGAAUCGCAAUAUGGCUGCUGAUGGGACUAGUGUCGUUGCGACUCAAGGUCUCGGUGCUGCCGUCGUUAAACAGGCUUCCGGAACCCCACAGUUUAAUCAGUGGUUUCUUUACGUGCUUCUGGUCUUCGUGAUUGUGACAUUGCUGGUUGAGAUAGUCUACCUGAACGUAUGGCUAUCCUUGAAAUUUCUGCGUCCCGGGACAAUAGCUAAUUAUUUGCAGAAAGCUUUGAACAUUUUCAAUGCGGCCCUGGUGACGCCAACAUAUUAUGUGUGUUUCACAAGUUCUACGAUUGUGACCAGUGCCAUCCUAUUUAGGGGGUUUAAGGGAACUCCUAGUUCUAUCGCGACGUGUGUUGAUCCUGAAAUUUUGAUUUACUCACUGCUAAUUUUCCUAGUGUUGUGAUGGGAUUCUUGCAGAUCUGUUCAGGCGUAGUGCUGUUACAGCUGUCGAAGAGUGCUAAGGAUGUUCCGGACACAGAGAUAUUCCGUGGAGACCUUGACCAAGUGCGCACUGUUGCUGAACAAUCUGAGCCAGAAAGCGAACCCAAAGCGGAUGCCAUUCGCGGGACAGCAGCCAUUAUCCGUCGGAUAUCCAUUGCGAGGCAGAAUGCUGAAGUUGAAGAAGCUAGGCGGAUUAGGGAAGAGAAGAUCAACGAAAUGCUUAACGGGCCGAACCAGGACGUGGAAUGGGAUGGCGUUAGGAGGAGGGUUACUUUCAGUGCUCAUGGAGCCCCUCGGCGGAGAAACACCAUGUCGGAGUCUCAUCCGCCGCUUGGAAUGUCUCGUAUGCCGGACCUAGAGGAGGGCGUGGAAUCAUCAACCCCAGCGACAGUCAUUGACUCUGGUCGUCGGAGAAGUAUGAGUGUCGAUGAGGCAAUGAGAACGCAGGUCUAUGGUAUUCAACCUGAUGAGCCGGGUCAACACCCUGCCGGUAUCGUAGAGCGAGUUAAGAGCCUAUUUAUCCCUAGGCAACGCAGUUCCCCUAGUCUUCGUAGCGAAGCAGGCGUCUCGACACCUCACCGGGAUCUCCGUGAUGCUAGUGGCCCCCUGUCAGCUCGGAGCCACGGGAGCUCGGAACAUCCGCCGCCAUUGCCAAUGGUAGACAUGUCUGCACCACCUGGGACCCCACAUCUCGCUGUAACGCCCCCUAUGCACGAAUUCUCCACGAGCACACGCGACUUCGCGACUGGACAAUCCUCCCCUAGCCAUCGGAGGACGGCGAGUAGAGGAAGCGAAUAUACUGCUCUCCCACUACAAUCAUCGCCCGCAACUCCACCGCCUGUGCCAUCAACUCCCGACUUCCUCCGACCUUCCAGCCGCUCUUCUAGCGCCCGUCGACAGUUUUCCUUCCAGAGUAUGUUUGGCCGACACGGGCACACCCGCUCACGCUCGAGCUCCUCUGUGGUACACAUCGAAGAGCCGGUCACGAGUUCCGCCCCACAUUCACACAUUCACCUCCCCAGAUUAGGUCUAGGCUCCCGCGGAAAUUCUGCCCCCGGCCCCGUUAGGACUGAAGAAGAAAUGCUCGGACUUGUCACGGGUGAUGGUCGGAAUAAUGUGCUGCCACCAUACGAUAGCGACGAGGAGAAGGAAAAAGCGCCCGUUGCGAGCGUACGAUAUGUGGAAAGCGAUUCGGAGGAGGAGGAGCGGGAGAAGGAGCGAGAAAGGGCUCGGUUGAAGGAGUGGGAGGCUAGAGGUGGGCCCGGGCGGUCAUGAGUUAUUUAUUUUAGUUUAUGCUCUUGUCUUUUGAUUCCUCCGUAUUGUUUCUUUCUGUUCUCACUGUUUUUUUUUUCAUAUCACUAUUAGGAGCGACCGGGCCAGGCGGAAUUAGGCUGAAUGAAAAGAGUGGAUGGAGCUCGGGGUGGAUAUACACGGGGAAGCCGCGCUGGAUCUUUGUACAUGUGUUUAAUCCGUAGAGUAUAUAAAAAUGAUGCUGGCAUGUUGCUG